AUGCCUUGCACUCAAAAGUCUAAAAGUCUUUCCGGGUUUCAUUUCUUCUUGGACAACAGUCGCUACAAAGUCCGACAAUACUCCAAAGAUAAUGGCCAAAACUGGACAAGCCUGUUGAACAAAGGGUUGAUCAACAGAGGAGACUCCAUACGGAGGAGAAAUUCUCGAAGUAACAGUGUGACGGCUGCACAGUUCGAGGCAGGAGCGACCCCUCUCGCUGGAGUGGGCGGGGGUGGUAACGGAGGUGGUGGUGGAGGUGGACCCAAGGACGUGAUCAAACCGCCGACAGUAGAGAUUGGGAAAUCUCCUUCCGCGACCCCACUCCCACCUUUAAUCGUCAAGAUCGAGCAUCUUUCACCGCCAAAGACAUACCGCGUUGCCCUUCUGGGCCUCCAGGGAGUGGGGAAAACGGCUCUUGUCAAUCAAUUCAUGACCUCGGAGUGCAUCAAUGUCUACGAGAGACAAACAGAAAGUGUGACAUUUAUGGCGUUUCAUGAUGGAGACAGCAGGAAGACGCUACCUGCCGAGUCUUCUGACCGACCGAAUCUCCUGGGACGGACUCAGGAAGAUGUUCAUCUGGAUUCGAUCAUUCAGAAUCCCCCGGACGCAUUCGUCUUCCAGUAUUCGGUGACAGAUAAUAACAGUUUGGAGAGGGUAGAAGACCUCUUGGCUCAUUUGCAGAGUUGGGAUCUCCUCAGGUCUAGGGCUGCAAUCGUCGUUGGCAAUAAAACUGACCUCGUUCGCAGCAGAAGUGUUUCCGAGCAAGAUGGGAGAGGCCUGGCCAUCUCGUACAAGACGAAGUUCAUCGAAAUUUCAGUGGCCUGUAAUCACAAUGUGGAUGAGCUGUUGGUUGGACUGAUCAAACAAGUGAAUUUACACAAGGACUUGAAGCCGACGGACUCGCCACGAAGUGGAGAACUCCACAGGCGACCAACCAAGCUUGUGAGAGCCAGUCGCAGGAUAAAGAGAGUCUUCUCCAGAGUGUGGGGGAAAGAGGAAGCCAAGGACUGCGAAAACCUUAGCGUCUUAUAAUCUCUGCUUUCACCGUACUCACCCCUCUUUCCGCCUGCGAAUGAAUCCUUUCUGUCGUGUGCGGAAUUUGCUCCUCUUUUUCUAUCUGUCUCUCUUAUCUCAGUCUCAUGCGAGUAGUAGUGACGAAGCUGACGUACCGAUGAAGAAUGUAGUGCUGACAUGUGUUGGUUGGGAAGAACCAAUUGGGUUCUGGAAUGCUCACCUUGUUUCGAUUUCGAUUUCUUCCUGAGUGGAGACUGAGUCAUGGGCCGAGAUACGAGUGAAUGUGUGCGUGAAAGUCCUUAGCUAUUUCGCACUGUUCCCUGUCUAGUGCUAAUCAUUCAACGAGAAGUUUCAUCCUGGCCGCACAUUCCAUUUCAAUGAUGUCAUCUCGGAGAUACUCGUGAGACCUUCGCGUCUAUUCAGAAAAGCUGUUCGAGUUAACCCUGGAUAAGUUUAUUUGAAAUCCAAGCGUAGAAGAGGACUCUCUCAACAUUCAGGAAUCUCAGCCCCACUGAUCUUCCUUAAAUAUUUUUUUUUUAGCGAUGUCAGCUCGUUUGCGCUUGAGUUGAAACUGCUAACGGUCAAAUGAGAAUUUGUCUUUGAUGCUGCAAUGAGUGUCUCUAUGCAGUGAAAUCCAGUAUGCGACGGGAUAAAUGGGGUGACAUGUUCGACGUGAAUCAAACCCCUUCGUAGCGAGAUCGAUUUCCUUUAUUGGAUCAUUCUGUGUGGAGCGUGAUUUCAUUCAAUUAUUUUCCACUUUGUACUUAUUUUCAUGCAUGAAAUGUACGCUUAUGCUUCAGAUAUCUUUUGAAUAAAUCCGAG